GCAAACCCACCCACAACCCCCCGGGCGCCACCCGCGCCGGCAGCGCCGCUUGGCCCCGCUGAGCUCCCGUCGGUCGCUGCCGGGGGCGGGGCCGCAGCGGCAGCCAUGGCGGCGCCCAUCGUCCCGGAGACUGAGAGCAUCCGCAAGGCCGUGUCGCUGCUGAACGCCGUGGCGGCGGGCCGCUUCCCGCGCCUGCUCUCCCGCCUCCUCCAGAAGCUGCACCUGAAGGCUGAAAGCAGCUUCAGUGAAGAGGAGGAAGAAAAACUUCAAGUAGCUUUUUCAUUGGAAAAGCAGGAUCUUCAUCUAGUUCUUGAAACAAUAUCAUUCAUUUUGGAACAGGCAGUCUAUCAUAAUUUGAAGCCUGCUGCACUGCAACAGCAGCUGCAAAGCAUUCACCUCGAUCAAGACAAAGCAGAAGCAUUUGCCAGUGCAUGGGCAGCUGCAGGUCAAGAUACGAUUGAAAAGUUCAGGCAGAGGGUUUUGACCCCUCAGAAGCUUGAAACAAUUGGAUGGCAGCUUAAUCUUCAAAUGGCCGAGUCCAUGCAAGCAAAACUAAAAUCUCCUCGAGCUGUACUAGAGCUGGGAGUGAGCAAUGAAGAUUCAAAGAACCUGAAGAAAGUGUUUGCAGAAUUUAGUCACCAGGAGCUGUUUGAGUUCUAUAACAAGCUGGAGACUAUACAAGCACAGCUGGAUUCCCUUACGUGAUGUUUUCGAAGACUUAUUUCUCCAUCACACUCCUGCCACCUCAUUAUUUUGAAUUGAAGAUAGAUUGCCAAGCUGUGUUUGCUGAAGGAUUCAGUGGGUUGCUUCCUGUAAAAUUAUAUGGCUUAUCUCCUUUUAGACCAGUAACAUUAGCCAAGGGCGAGUGUGUUAAGAGUUCUGAAGGUUCGAAUGGACUUUCUCUUGUUUUUCUGAGCAUUUGUGAAGAAUGGUUUUACUUGCAGGAAAAAAAAGAGAAUGCUAUCCUGCUUCAGAGAUUUUUUUUUUGUCCUGUUACAUGUGAUGUUUGAUUCCAAUGGAAAUUUGCAUACUAGUGAGGGACCAGGAAUAAAAUUUAUCUUUUAGACAUAAAAGGAAUAUAAAACUCUAGUAGGAACAGUAGUAAUAAAAUAUAUAGCUAAUGAAAUCUCCGUCUUUCUGAAUUGUUAUUCACAUGAUUGAUAAUGCUUAUUGUAAAUUUGUCAAAAUAAAUUCGGAAUAUAAAAAUGGA